ACCCCCGAGGCCCCCGUGGUGGGAAAGGAGAAACAGGCACAGCAGGAUGGGGGGUGGCCCUGGAAGGGGCGCCUUCAGGUUGUCUUGGGCUCUGAGACCAGACUGUCUGGCUGACUCCAGACCCAACACUUCUCCAUUCCCCUCUGGACCGCAGCCCCUGGUCCGAGCCGCAGCCGCUGGACCGAGCCGCAGCCGCAGCCGCCUGCGGUGGCUGCCCGUGUCCGAGGCGGGCUCAGCUCGCCCAGCAGGCUCUCCGGGCCUCCCCGUGGCCCCUGAGCUCUCAGUUCCUCAAAAGGGCUCACUCUGCACUGAAGGCCGUGCAGCCACCGUCUGUACAACGUGCCUUUUCAGACGCCACCGUGCAGCCACCCGUGCAGGAGUCAUUGAAGGCUCUGCAAAAUGUGGCGCAGAGCCCGCAAACCGGUUUGGUCCUGCAACUUGUCUCUCAAACAUUAACUACCGAAAGCAAUCACAACCAAACCUUCCCGGCGACGAGCCUAUCUGCUGUGGGUAAAACCAGUUCCAGACCAUAAAACACUGAGGCGAACCAAUUCGUCCUUGAAGACAGUUCCCUCACCGUCCUUGGGGCCAGCCGCCUGCCACAGAACCCAGCUCCCAAUUCCAGGUGUGACCUAGCCUCGGUGUGUUCCGGGGCGUCCCCUCAGGCCCCGGCCAGGCUCCCACAGGCACCAGCACCCGCUCCCCCUCCCAGCCCACUGCUGUCCACGGGGGUCCCCUCAGCAGCAUGUUCUGGUCGGGGCCAGCAAGUGACUGAAAAGGUGGCGAAGGCAACGGUCUUCCUGACGCCGGUGGCUCGCUGCCCAGAGCUCCUGGAUUGUCUCGUUGGUUUCGUGGAAGCAGAGCAAGAACAUAAAAACACCUCCAGAGACACCGAGUGGGAGAUCCUCCUGCAUUUGCACAGAACGUGCACAGCCGUCCGCACCGCGGCGGCACAUGGGCGGGAACAUUAGGUGAAUGAUUCCGGAGUCACACCAGAGCGGUCAGAGAGGCAGUGACCGAGAGACGGCUCCCCACGCACUGAGGUCCGCGCGGCUCCGGAGCGGAGUUCACACCCAGCACUCUCACUCCUCGGCCCUAUGCGCGUGCCCAGCUGUGAAACUGGGGCUUCGGCUAUCCCUGUUGCUUCAUUUUCCACGUAAUAUUAAGCGCAAUUAUGUAAUUACAAUGACAACCGCCACAAACAGGUUAGGCACGACCGGCUGAUUCUUGGUAAGCAUUGACUUCACGGAUGGAGCGGAAGUGCAGGGCAUCCUACAGACCCGCCCAGGGCCGGGAGCGGUGAGCAGGCCACUGGCAUUAGUCAGGUCGGCCUGGUCAGUGAAGCCCAUGCUGCUCAGAGGGACUUGCACCUGCUGCACAUCCGCAUCACCUGGCCAGUUCUUUGAAGCAGGGGACACGCCCAGGGAGUGACGUCAGUGGUAGGAGCCGCGGCUUGGGCAGGCGCUUAGAAAAGCUCCUAGGACGGUGGUCCUACAAGCCGGGUGAGGACAGGGCGCCAGAAUGUCAGCUCUGGGAGGGCCUGCCUCUCUGACUCAGGCUGGGCAGCAGCGCCUGGCACAGCGGAGCUUGACACCUGACUUGUGGAGUGAGCGGUGGCCGCCAGGCAUCCCAUGCCAGGGCACCGGCCGUUCCCGCUUCCUAGCUGCCUGUCACACCCGUGGGCAGCAGCCAACCACACAAAGCGGCUGCAGACAAAGGCCCGGGAGAAGGUAGGCCCACAGCACCCACAGCCUCCAUGGGGAUAAGCACUUCCGCCCAGAGAGGGGUUCCAGGAGGUGCCAGCAGGAGGCGCAGUUACCCAUUGGCCCUGCCCCGCAGGAGGGAGCCUGAGGGGUGGUUCCAGCCCCAGGGCGCCUGAGCUCCCGGCUCUGGCCACAGCUCACCCUGCCAGAGGGAGGCAGGACCCGCUUCCGGAGGCGAUGGAAGGCCUGGGGCAAGGGCCCUGGCUCCAGUCUCCUCCCCCACUCACCCAAGGCUGACUUCUCUUAGUCAGGACAGCUCCACACCUGUGCCCCGAGCAGCACCGUGUCCCCCCCCACCCCCCAUGACCUCAGAGGACAGAAUGCAGCUGAGGGAGGAAGUGUGAAUGGCAGAAAGGGACCAGAAGUUGCUAGGUAACGGGCUCUGGCCCACCUUUGUGACAGCAAUGAGGUCUGGUCAGGGCCACUUGGCACUGAGGACACCUUUCCCUCCCAUCAGCUGCUUCUGAGUCAGAGCACAGCUCUGGUCACCUGCUGGCCUCUCCAGCUCGUCCCCUAAGUGUGGGCUCCUAAAGGUCACCCCGUCCGCCCUCUCAGGACUCAGGAGUGUUAACCGCAGAGUCAGGUCCGCAUGGACAUACUGGCCGGAGACCAGAGGCGCCUCUGGAAGGAAGAGUUCUGGCAGAACCCCUGGGACCAGGGCGGCCUGGCCGUGAUCAGCAUCUUCAUCAUCACCAUGCUGCUGCUCAUGCUGUUCGCCAUCGUGUUUGGGGCACUCCCGCUGCCUGAGAAGGCGGACCCGUCCGAAGAGUCAUGACCUGCCUUUCGGGGCCCAGGAGGGGGGCCACCUGUCCCCUCUCCGCACACUGCCGACCUUCCCCUCACAGCCCCUGACAGCCUGGGUUAUACAUUUUGUGUGAUUCUCUGAUAGCGUCUGUCUGCUCACUGAGCCGAGCCCCCUCUAAGCAGGUCCCUGUGCUCACCACUGAGUCCCCCGCGGCUCCCCAGAGCCCAGUUCAAUCGAGGCCAAAACACAGGGAGGCCUGGAGGCUGGAGGUCGCUUCAAACCUAACGGCCAUUCCCUCUGACACCAGUAGGUAAAGAGCCGGGUCACGAAUAGUCAAACGCUCCCCAUGGCCGCAGCUCAGGAAGCGGAGGAUGGAGGAGCGUUUAGACCGAAGGGCUAACAAGUGCAAGGGGGUCCCAGCUUGGCCAGAGCCCCCCGGACGUCCCGCCCGCACUGCUCACAGCGGCCGGGCUCGGAACCUGCCCGCCGCCCCUGCCGGUCACCGCAGCUCCCGGCUCCUGGCGGCCCGCGGGCAGCACAUGCAGAUUAGAUACCGAGUUUCCA